AUGCAUGGGACUGUACCAUGGAUGACAGUGACGCCCCUGUGUCCACCUUCUCCUGCACGAUGUCGUUACGAUGCUUCAGUUAUUGAUGAACAUUUUUAUUUUGUUGAAGACAAGAAAUUUAAAAUAGUCUACGCUGAAAAAUACUUGAGUUUGAGUUGUCCGGAGAAUGCAACACUAGAAAGUGUAUCGAUGCCGCGGUUCGAGCGCAUGGUGCGCGUGCAGCACGUGGAGCUGACGGCAUGCGUGCCGCCCGCCGGCCCGUACGCGCGUGCUCUCGCGCGGCUCAACAUCAGUGCGCUAGACCUGCUCGUGCUGGCGCGUCCGCGCGGCGCCUUGCGACCGCAUCAUUUCGACGGUAUCAACGUGUCCGCCCUCUUCAUCCGCGGUUCGGAACCAAUACAGCUCGAGCGCGGCACGCUCGCGUCUCUGUACGCGCUGCUCGACUUGCGACUGGAACGCGUCUCGCUCACCGACAGUGACCUCAUGGAGAUGCCGGUGGGUCUGCGACGGCUCAGCAUCUCCAGUUGCAACGUGAGCUUGCCGCGAUCGGCACUGGACAGACUGCAAGAGCUGAUGCACGUGGUGGUGCGAGAACCUCGACUGCACCAGGCCCCAGAUCUUCGUGCCGUUGCAUCACUGCGGGAUGCUGUAUUCGUGGCACCGCUGGACGUAGUGCCGAUGUCAACGAGUCUGGAGAACGUCACCGUGUGGUCGGCGCAGCGGCUGGAGUUUAACGGCGGAUGCGAGGCACUGGUACGGCUGCGCGUGAGCGGCAGUGCGGGGGUGGGGGGAGGCAGGGAGAGCGGGUGCUGGCGGCAAGCUGGCUGGCGGGCUGUUCUCGCCUGCGCGAGCUGGAGCUGCAGCAGCUGCAUCUGGUCUCGCUGCCCGGUGGGAUGCUGCACGCUGCUCGUGAUCUGCGUUCGCUGGUGCUUCGCGGCUGCCAGCUAA